GAUCGCUCGCAGUCUUCUGGGUUUGUGGGUGCUGGGUGCUGGUGAGCCAGGGUGGGUGGGGGGUCAGCAGGCGCUCUGGAGCCCCCCACCUCCGCGAUGGACGCUGUGGCAGCCUUCGGCAUGGAUAAACAAUUUGCCCCGAACCCGGUGCGGAUUUUGGACCCUCCGGACAACCCCCAGGCUCGGAAAAACUUCAGCGUCAGCCACCUCCUGGAUUUGGAGGAAGUUGCCGCCGGCAUGAAUGGGGCAGCCAAGGAAUCCGGCGCAGAGGCGAGGGAGAGCGGCAAGGGCGGGCCGGACCCCUCUGGGGGCAGCAGCGGGAGCGAAGGAGGAGGCGCCCUUCGGGAAGGUGAGAGCUUGAAUGCAUCCCGCACCUCCACCAAGCGGAAGAAGAAGCAGAGGAGAAACCGCACCACAUUCAACAGCAGCCAGCUCCAGGCUCUGGAGAGGGUCUUUGAGAGGACGCACUACCCUGAUGCCUUUGUCCGGGAGGAGUUGGCACGGAGGGUCAGCCUUAGCGAGGCCAGAGUGCAGGUAUGGUUUCAGAACCGGAGAGCCAAAUUUCGCCGAAAUGAGAGGGCCAUGCUUGCCAACAGAUCGGCAUCACUCCUCAAAUCCUACAGCCAAGAUGCAGCCAUUGAACAACCCAUGGCCCCCCGUGCAACCAACCUGAGCCCAGACUAUCUCUCCUGGUCAACAACAUCCCAAUACAGCAACACAGUGCCUUCGUACACUUCUAGCAGCCCCACCACGCCCACCCAAGGGGUCAACAUGGCCAACAGCAUUGCCAGCUUACGCCUCAAAGCCAAAGAGUUCAGCCUUCAUCAGAACCAGGUGCCCACUGUGAACUGACCACGGGAUCGUGCCGAAGAGGCAAGCCUGCCUCAUGUUCCCCUGCAGCCAGGAUCUCCACCCCUGCCUGCUUCAAAGUCCAGCCCUGCUGGGCAGCCGAGACCUUGAUGAUUCUUGCUCCAGCAACACCAACACCUUCAUACGUUGUCUGUCUCUCUUACGUCCUCUCCUUUGUCUCUUUCACGUCCUCUCUGGAAGACAGACGUUCACAAUGUCUUUCUUUCCCCCCAAAUUAAAUAAAGGACAGACAGAGGGCCAUGUUAACUCUUUGAGAAGAAAGAAGUCAAAUUCAUUGGCUUUGAGGAACGAAGGAAUGGGACACUCUGGCAGGGUUUGAUUUUAGCAGAUUGGGUGGCCAAGAGCAACUAUGAAACCCUCCAGAGGCGAUGUGAGUAAAGCCAAAUCACCCUGCAGUUACUUAACCCUUUGUUUUCUCAGCAGAUCAAAAGUUCAGAGCUGUUCACCUGCAGUUUUGAAAGAGAAGAACUUUACCUCCUGAGAACUUGAUGAAAGUUUCUGAACCCCGCUGUACCUGUAUUCACUCAUCCAGCCCCACAUGGUACAAGUGUACAUUUUUGGGGUAUACAACAACUCAACGUUGCUGUAACAGAGAAGCUGCAUUUUUCAUUCUUGCUCAAAUGCGCACACCCCAUUCCUUUAAAAACACCCUCUGGGAAAUAAGAGAGGAACUCACAAUAACUUAGAGUGGUCCUGUAAGAGAUUAUCAGAUACCCUGCUUACUCUGCUGGUUUCCAGAGAGGUUGUGCACCAUUUGAGGGUCAUGCCCUUUGGCUUUCAAAAACUGGUGUGUGUGUGUGUCUUUCUCUUUAGGAUGAGCAGGGCAUUGGGUUGAUGGGAUGUUGAGUCCCAGGGAGGGACAGGACUCAGAGGCAGGGAGUGCUGAAUGGAUUGGAUGCCCCAAGACACAAGACUGUCAUUCAACCUCUGGAGGCAUAAGCACCCCCAAAGCUCUCAUCACAAACAAUGAAGCCCCUGGAGCCGUCUGUCAGCAGCCUACAGCCACUCUGCCCCAAUCCAGGAAGAGAGAAUUGAGCCAACACAAAGUAAACAAUAGCAGAACCAGCCUAACCUAACAAUGUGUGAGAAGGGGAAGAUGUGUUACAUCAGGCAAUGGGAGGGAGAGGAAAACUGAAUAUAAACAAGCAUGCAGAUAGCCAUUUUUUUAAUUAAAAAAAUUGUUCAGUGAUGUGUAUUUGAAAUAAGGAAAUCUAAAAUAUAAAGAAACAUUCAAACACAUUGUGGUGUAUGGUACUCCCUGCCCCACCCCCCUUUAACUGUUAAACUCAGUUGGUAGACCUUGAUAGUGCCUGGCGUGCUCUGGUCCAUGGGGUCACGAAGAGUCGGACACGACUAAACGACUAAACAACAACAACAACAACAGACCUUGAUAAUUUCAAAUUACUUAAGGAUGCUCAGGUGGAAUUAUCAUCCAAACUAUUAUUAUGUAUGUAGGGGAGAAGCCACCUGAUAAACCCAGGAAAUUUUUGAAUGUCAGAAUCUAUUUGGGAUACAGAUGUAAAUUGAGAAGCCCCUAUUUUCACCUGAGGAAUGUUGGAGGGUAUGCCAUUCCUUUUGUGAUUUCCAGAAAAACCUCUUUAGGACUGGUCUAUACAAUCAACCAGUGGUUUAACAGUCAAUCCAUCUUUGACACUUUAAAGUGGUAUAAUACUGCUUCAAAUGCAUAGAGAAUGUGGGGCCUUAGACUAGAGUGUACCUGUUUGCCACAGAAAAGCUGUCUGUCCUCUAUGCUGCUUGCUGGUGGCAGUGGUUUGUGGCUACAAGCUAUAGCUCCCAGUUUGCUUUGCUGGGGGCUGGUGAAAGCUGUGGCUGCUUAGAGUGGUCUCAUAGUGCUUUCAAUGUAUGGUGUGGAUUUGGCCUCGGUCAUCCUUAAUAAACAAAGACACUUGUGGCUGACAUGGUAUGUAUGCCGUGUGGUUGUAAGAGUGGCUACAGGAUGUGCAGAACAGGGGAGUUGGUGAGAGGUGAUAGGAACCUCUGAAAUGUAGAAGGGUCAUAGCAGUGCGCUGCCAAUGACCUGUAUUAUAAACUAUUCCAGGAUGAACACAGCUCCACCUCUCUCUCACUUAGCUUAUCUCCCCAAUCCACCUUUUCCCGGAGGCCUCUGGCACAUCUUUUUACAGUCAUCCUUUCUGAUGACCAGCCUCUCUCCCUCACCUCAUUCCUGCAAAUCACAGGUGGAGUCCCCAUUGCACAUGCCACCCUGCUUUCCAAUCAGCCUCUACCCUUGUCACCUCACAGCCAAUCACCUCUGGCUUGGGUGGUGAGUGAGAAACAGUGUGACCCUCAACAGGAGAUACAGAAAAGCAGAGGAGGGAUGGAUCAAAUCAACUCUCCUUUGUACCAUUUCGUACCCCAUCCAUAUGCCGAUUUGCUGGCUUGGGGAAUUUGGGACUCUGCGUGUCAGAGAGAAGCUGUGAUGACUUGAGGGUUUUUGUGAAGGUUCCAGCUUUUUCGUAGCAAUUGGAGACUAUGGAAUUGUGUAUAAGGAGGAGAUGCAGGUUGUUCCUCCAAAGAAUUUGAACAGAAUCUCCUGCCAGUGAAGGGAGAGGAGAAAUUUCACUGCCUACAGAAGCCUAAGUAAGGGGCAAGAGAUAUUGAGGAGUUUGAGCUUUGCAAAUUCUGGUUGGUAAUGAGCUGAUUCUUCCAGACUUCUAGACUCAAGAAAAUGUUCACAAAUGAAAUAAUGAAAAGUCAAAUUUUCAUUUGGAUUUUUUUUUAAAGAAAAAAACCAGGUGGGGGAAAAAGGGGGAAUGGAAGAGAUUUGCAAAGCAGCACAGACCAGGAAGAGCUAGAGGAAAGAAACCCAGUUCUGCAAUUUCUCUGCAACUCAAAAUGUGGGUGGUUAUGAUUCCAAAUUAUUCCAAACUCUACAAGUUUCAAGGAACUCUCUUUGUUUCAAAAUAGCUGCCAGAGAUGGCAUGACCAUAAUAGUGGAUGGUGAAAUCUGACUGUUUUGUUUUGUUUUUAAUUCAAUGCUUACAAAAUAAAUAUCAGACGGUUUCUACAUGCCACAUUCAAA